AUGAUGUUCAUCGGCGAGGACAUGGUCUUAGGCUACUCGGUCGACGAGAUAUGGUUACGGAACCUGGCGAAGAAAUUUGGAUACAUCGGCGACCCCAACCCCGCUUACCUCGCCCUCUAUCAAGAAGAACGCCAUUCUGAACUGAUGCAACACCACGAGCUUGAGGGCACAAUGGCUCUUGGGAGACGGAUCAUCGAGAAGGUGAAGAUACGAGGUCUCAGGAUAUUGCCUGUGUAUAUCUUCAACUGUCAUUCCUGCAUGUACUGGUCGCUUCCGUUCUCCAUGCACCCCGAAGGCCGAUCAGCAAAAAAGACCGCGCGGCUCGAGUUCUUCAAGACGGUCAUCUGCGAGGAGGAUGAGCCGCAAUGGUGGGCAUCGACUGACGGGGAUGCACCGCGAGCGGUGCGACACAUGAGCGAGCCGCGCGAGGAUCGCUGGAGGUUGACGCUGCAGUCCCUUCCAGGAUGGGACGAGGAGUCUGGAGACCUCCUGAGGGUCGAGGAUGUGCCAAUAAUCCGUGAUGAGGAUGGGAUGAUGAUUGAGCCUCCUCCCUUUCUGAGAAAGCGAGCCAAGCGGGCCUCUGAGAGUGAUUCUGAGACGGUACGGCCAUCUUUACCAGCAGAGUUGAGCCCCCAUUUGUCAACAGAGCAGGUUUGUGAAAGCGAUGUCGAGACGCUAAGGCUUUCAUCACCGGACGCCAGCGAGACAGGCGAUUGUGAUAUGGAGAACAGAGAGGCAGAGACGGACUCGGUGGAGCACAGCGACGUGCACUGA